UUCAUUUUUUUUUUACUUUACUCUCGAUAUUUGAUGAGCUGUCCAACUAGCUAAUUGGAAAACUGAGGACUGAAGCUUCUUCACCACUGGCCCAACUGUAUUCUACCUCAACAAUGGAGCACCAUCACUUCGAUCAGUGCCUCAUGAUCCUCAGCAGCGAGGGAAAUCAAAUCCUCUCGAAUCUAUCUCCAGAAGAGUACUCACGUGUCGUUAAAGUUCUCGAGGAGGCUAUUCUCGCAACAGACUUAGCUGUUUAUUUCAGCAAACGUGGUGCAUUUCUCAGUAUUGCACGAUCACGGACAUAUAACUGGGGAUACGGUGAGCACCGGGAAUUGCUUCGUGGUAUGCUGAUGACAGUUUGUGAUCUAGCGGCUAUUACAAAACCAUGGGAAAUUGAGAAACGCGUCGCCGAACUAGUCAGCAGUGAAUUUUUCGAACAAGGAGACAUUGAGAGACGUACUCUCAAUAUAACGCCUAUAGUGAGUUUUAUUUUUCAUUUUCUGAUGAAAUCAGUAAAUGAUAUUCUACUCGAUAUUCUGGUGGUGUUUUCCAGUUCAAUUUUCGGACUUAUUAGAUAAAUAGAAGAAAAUUUUGAGAAUUCGUGUUAAGCAAAUUGUGUAGGAAGUACCUGGAAAGAAUAAGUUACACAGAACAAUCGAAUUUUAUUGGAACUUUGUUCUGGAACAUUUAAUAGAGUCGGGAAA